UAAUUUUUAAUUGAAAGUCAUUCAAUGGGAACACCACUUGUUAACUAUAUUUGAAGACUACUUACUGUUUUUUGCAACAAUUAAAUAGAUAUUAUAAAAAUAUAUAACAAUAACAAUAUUAGACUUUUAUAGUCAUAAUAAUUUUUGUCAGUAUUUAAGUGAAAGUCAAUAUUGUUUAUUUUGUUACUUUCAAUUUAUAAUAUAUUAAAAAUUAAUUCAUUAUAAAUUUAAGUAACUAUUAGUAAACAUUGAGCUUAAUUAUUAAUUGUGCAAUAUAAUUGUGUUUUUAUAAGUUAUCAAGUUAAUAUUUUAAUUUAUAUUGUUUAUAAUUGGUAAAGUACACAAGAAGAUUUUGCAACAAUCGAUUAAUCAGUGACAUCAAUUAAUUAUCCAGACGACAACCAAUUACCUGAAUUAUGGCCAAAAUUAUGUCCGAAGAUAUUGUCAUCAGUGGUAUCGGUGGCCGAUUUCCAGAGGCCGACUCCACCGAUGAGUUUGCACAGAAUCUAUACAAUGGAGUCGAUAUGAUUACAGCAGAUGACCGCCGUUGGCCACAAGAUUUGUUUGGUAUGAACCCCCGAAUGGGUAAAUUGAAAAAUGCCGACAAAUUUGAUGGUCUGUUUUUUGGUAUCACCCAAACUAUGGCCGAUAAUACCGAUCCGCACUCGCGAAUGGUUCUGGAGACCACCUAUGAGGCCAUUAUUGAUGCUGGUUUGAAUCCACAGUCACUUCGUGGCUCAGACACCGGUGUCUAUCUUGGCUUCUCAUCGUUUGGUAUGCCUGACGGCCUACCCGAGAGUGUUCAGCCGGACUCGCAAUCAAUUAUGACAGACACACUCCUAUGGCUGCCCGGCUCUCAAAAGUGUCUGUACGCCAAUCGGGUGUCGUUUGUGUUUGAUUUCAAAGGUCCGUCGAUGAUCAUCGACACGGCCUGUUCAUCGAGUUUAGUGGCAUUCAAUACGGCUAUGAACGACAUGAGAUUAGGCAAGUGUCGACAGGCUAUUGUUGCGGGAACUCAAGUGGCUUUGCAGCCAUUUUCCAAUCAGAUCUUUCAGGCAACCCGUUUGAACGCUUGCGAUGGUAUACCAAAAGUAUGGGACGAAUCGGCCGAUGGUUUUGUAAGAGGAGAGACUGUUUGCUCCAUAUUAUUACAGCGUAAAUCCGAUGCUAAGCGCAUAUACUCCACUGUAUUGAACAGUGGUGUCAACAUUGAUGGUAACAAACGGAUGGGUAUGUUCUAUCCAUCAGCCGAGAGCCAAGAAGAACUGAUGAUUAAAGUCUAUGAGGAGGUAAAUGUAGAUCCUCUUAAAGUCACCUAUUUUGAAGCUCACGCCACCGGCACUAAGGUCGGUGAUCCACAAGAGGCUAAAGCCAUUUACAAUGCUUACUGUGGAAAACCUAAACGCGAGGGAACGCUUCCCAUUGGUCUGUUGAAGAGUAACAUCGGUCACGCAGAGGCCGCCUCAGGUUUGUCGUCUGUGGCCAAGUUGUUGAUUGUCUACGAAAAUGAAAUGAUUCCUCCGUGUCUUCAUCUGAAUAAUGUUAAGGCCAAUAUCAAAGAGUUUUGUCCUCCUCUGGUGCCGAUUAAAGAAAAUACCAAAUAUACACCCGGCAUCGCUGGUGUCAAUAACUUCGGUGUGGGCGGUGUUAACGCACAUGUAUUACUUGAGCCCAAUUACAAGUUGGUCGAUGAGGACAGUCUCAAGAUUGCUGAUGUUAUUCCGCGCAUUGUUAACGUAUGCGCCCGAACUGAGUCAGCAUUGACUGAGUUCUUCAAAUGGAUUGAAGACAAUCCACAGAAAGUCACUCGAGAUUUCCUCGCACUGGUGGCCGACACUAUGCGUUUGGAGCCGACAAUCAAUUCUAGUGGAAUGCCUUACAGAGGUUCAAUUAUUAUUAAACAAACCGAUGGUGAUAAAUAUGAAUACAAGAAGUCAUCCUCUAUGUUUACACUUAAGUGCCAGAGACCAGUAUAUUUUCUGUUUCCCGGACUGGGAGGACAAUGGGUAGGAAUGGCUAAGGCAUUGAUGCCGAUCAAGAUAUUUGCCCAUAAAAUAGAGGAAUGCCAUGAAAUACUCAAACCCUAUGACAUUGACUUAAAACAUUUGCUAUUAUCUGACGACAAGAACUCUAUGAACUCAAUGACCAAUAAAUUCUGUGCCACAACUGCUAUAGAGAUUGCAUUGUUUGAUGUAAUUAAUGCUUUGGGUAUAACACCCGACGGUAUUAUUGGACACUCAUUCGGUGAAAUAGCCGCUGCCUAUGCUGACGGAGCACUGACUGCUAAAGAGGCACUUCUUGUAACAUACUAUAGAGGAGUUGUGACAGAAAGUGACAGAAAAAUACCCAAAGGGUUGAUGGCUGUGGUGGGACUCUCAUGGAAUGAGGCAAAGAAAUUGUGUCCAAAAGGAACAACAGUUGUCUGUAAUAACGGAAAAGACACGGUUGUUGUGUCAGGUUUAUACAUUGAAACCAAACAAAUGAUUGAAGAUUUGAAUAAAAAAGGAGUAUUUGUACGUGAAUUGCAAAGUCAUGACAUCCCAUAUCAUAGCGAAUAUCUCAUUACAUCGGCCAAGAAGUUGACAGAAGAAUUACAGAAAGUGAUUCCCAAUCCAAUAGCGCGAUCCAAGAAAUGGAUUUCAACGGCACUUAUCGACGGAGACGUUGACGACGUCCUCAAGAGUGCAUCGGCUGAGUAUUUUGUACACAAUCUCAUUAGUCCCGUAUAUUUCUAUAACAAGUUUAAGCACAUCCCGUCCGAUGCAUUGGUUCUUGAGAUUGGACCGCACGGCCUAUUCUCCAAAGUGGUCAAAGAGACACUUGAGUCGGGCACUUAUGUAUCGCUUAUCAAAAAAGAUUCAAACGAAACCAAUUUGGAUAUGUUGUUGAGCUCAGUGGCCAAACUAUACGAGUUAGGCUUGAAUCCAACGACCGAAAAUCUGUACCCCAAAGUCCAAUGGCCAGUGGCCCGAAACACUCAAUCGUUAAGUUCAUUAAUGAAAUGGGAUCACAAUCAUAAUCUUCCUGUUCGGGCAUAUCCCGACAACUACUUCAGGCCGACAUCGGCUGACUUGAAUGAGGUAUAUAAUCCAGCCCAUAGUAUUAAAGCUUUCCUACCGGAGCACUGCAUAGACGGUAAUGUUCUCUAUCCGGCCACUGGAUAUCUCAUGCUUGCCUGGCGUCGUAUGGCCGCCUCUUAUGGACGCAUUUGGAAUCAAAUACCGGUAAUCUUCGAGGACGUCCAAUUUAGACGACCGAUUUUUCUAUCAGACAGCGAUAUAACCAAAAUAAAGUGCAAAUACAUUGAAACGUCGGGCGAGUUUGCUAUUAUGGAGGCCGGAAAUGUCUGCUGUGUGGGUAAAGUCCGUACCACCGAUGAGUAUUCACUAAGCAUACAAAACGUAUUAAUCGAAGCCGAAGAUAUGAGAACCAAAGAUUUUGAAGUGAACCUCACCUCACAGGACAUCUAUAAGGAUCUUAAGAUUUUAGGCUACGAUUAUGGCCCGAAAUUCAGACGAAUCGAUUCGGUUAAGACAAAUAAUUUCGAGACUUUGUACGGAGAGAUCAAUUGGGACGGCAAUUGGAUCACAUUCAUGGAUUCAUUGUUACAAACAAUGGCUGCCGCUAUGCCGUUCAGAAAGAUGAUGGUACCGGUAAUGAUCCGAUCCAUGCGUUGCGAUCCCAAAGUACUCUACGAAGGAAUCGCCAAAAACAAAACGGCAGAAGCGAAAAAACUGGAGGAAAAAGUAUCCGAAGACAGAAUCGAUGCCUAUAUGGACAAAGAUUCUGGCAGUAGGGAUGAAGCCGAAGUCGAAGGCAUACUAUCCACAAAUAGUGUCGAAUACAUAGAGGAAUUGUUUGGCAAAGAGUUUCACGUGUAUCCGUCUGUUUUGCCAUUUUAUGUAGACAUGAACUCACGAAUGAUUGUCACCUACGGCGUGGAAAUAGAAGAUCUCAUGGCUUUCCCCAUUCCACGCAAGACUAAUGUACAAGACUUGAAGUUAGAGUCCUAUCAGUUUGUGUCCAAUGAUGAUAGUAUAGCCAUCAGUGAGUCCGACAAACAGGCUAUUAGAGAGUACGUUAAAGUGUGCUCUUCGUUAGCCAACAAAAUCAAGGAACUGAUCGAAUCAAAUGAUCAAACAUUGAAGUCCGAUAUCAAUGACCAGUUGGUCAKAAAGUAUUUGGUUAACAUCAAAGACAAUCAUAUUCUGCUUAAACUUCUGAAUGAAUUAUACAAGGGAUGUGUCGAUGAAAAUCGUAACAUUAAUACCAAUAAAUUGUUGACCGAAUUGCAGACUAAUCCAGAGUACGACUUGUCUCUGGACAUCAUUAACGACGUAUCCAGAAAUGAACACCUGAUCCGAUCACUUGUUGAUAUUGUAAACGAAUCGAUUGUACCAAAAAAAGCGAUCAAAGUUUUAGAGAUGAAUUUGACGAACAACUUGUUAGCUAAAGAAGUGGACAACCAGUUGGGAACCGCUCAUAUCUAUCCAAUUGAUGUCAAUUAUACUGUAGCUGUCAAGUCUGUCGAUAUGUUGAAUGAAGAUCUCAAGAAUCAAUCAAUUAAAUUCAUUGAAUGGAAUCCUAAGAGCAGUGUCUUUCCGUCCGAAAUAUCUUCUGUAAACUUUGUUGUCAUUAAAGACACCACCGAUUUGUGGGAUAUUAAUACUGAAAACCAGUUACAAGAGAUUUACGACGUAAUAUCAGAUAAAGGUUUCUUAUUGACAGUAUUCAGGUAUCAGUUUACUGAACCAGAGUUGGCAUUGAAUCAGAUGAACGGCAAAAAACAUUUGACAAAUAGUGAUUUGGAGCGACGUAUCGCCGAUUUCGUCAAAAUGGCCCAAUCGGUUGGCUUCAACAUAAUUGGCCGCAAAACUGAUACCAUUGGAUCGAUGGCUAUAUUGUUUCGUAAGUUGUUUUCGGAGCCGAAAUUACCGAAUAAAAAGAAUAUUAUUGAAAUCAAUACAACAAACACUGAGACCUGGUUUGAGACACUAAAAGAAAAGAUCAUCGAAAUCAAGGAAAACGACGAAACUGCAGAAAAUCUGUGGCUCAUUGCCAACGAUUCACAAAAGAACGGAAUCGUUGGUCUCGUUAAUUGUCUUCGUCUGGAACCGGGAGGUGAGGCACUCCGGUGUGUCUUUGAUUACGACAAUUUGGCCAAAUCGGUCAACUUUAAGGAGAAGCCGUUCUCCGAUAUAUUGUCUAAUGAUUUACCGAUUAAUGUGUUGAAAAACGGAAAGAUCGGUUCUUACCGACACUUAACAUUGACUAAGGACUACGACAAGAAGGAAUCGGAUGACUACUACUUGAAUUGCGGUCAUACCCGUGAUUUGGCUUCUCUUCAAUGGUUUGAUCUCAAAAAUCUGGUAAAAGCCGACAAGUGCUAUGACUUCACGAACAAUCCGGUAGCAAUGGUACCCUGCAAUGUCUAUUGCUCUGGUAUUAACUUUAGAGAUGUUAUGACUGCAACAGGUCGUAUCGCUGCCGGUCCGCAGAUGUUGUUCACCGAUUGUUUAAUGGGUUUCGAGUUUGCUGGCCGUCGGGUGGACACAGGAGAGCGGAUUUUUGGCUUUGAUGUUAGCCGAUGUUUUGCCACAUCGCUUACUGCCAGCGAAAAUUUAAUUACUCACAUCCCGGAUAACUGGUCGAUGGAGGACGGAGUCACAGUAUUGAGUACCUAUAGUACCGUAUGGUAUGGACUCAUCGAAAGAGCGCAUAUGGAGAAAGGUGAAUCAAUUUUGAUACACUCGGGAGCCGGUGGUGUGGGUCAGGCAGCCAUCAGUAUAUGCCAGUACUACGGCUGCGAUAUCUUUGUGACGGUCGGUACGGAUGAGAAGAAAAAAUUUUUGAUGGAUAGGUUUAAUAUUCCUGAAGACAGAAUAUUGAACUCCAGAAGCACUCAAUUCAAGUACAGAAUAAAAUCUAUUACUAAAGGAAAGGGAGUUAAUCUGGUACUGAACUCACUGUCUGGCGAUAAACUAGACGCCAGUUAUGAAUGUGUUGCCGAUUGCGGUCGCUUUGUUGAGAUCGGCAAAUAUGAUCUUCAAAUGAAUAAACAGUUGGGAAUGUUCUCGUUUUUGAGAGACAUCUCAUUCAUCGGUGUGUCGGUCGACCAAAAACUAUACCUCAACUCUGGAUGGACGAAGAAGUUCUUUGAUUGGAUGCACGCGAACUGUAAGAACGGUAUGAUUAGACCGAUCACCAAAAAUAUCUUUACGCCCGACGAGGCGGAAAAAGCCUUCAGAUUCAUGACUACUGGCAAACACAUCGGAAAAUUGAUUAUCAAAAUGCGUGACGAAGAGGACAUGCGAGUGGCGAAAACAGCUUUGACGCCGUCCAAGAAGAUAAUGGUCACCAAAAAGACGUAUUUUAAUCCGAAUAAGACUUAUAUUAUUACUGGAGGUUUGGGUGGUUUUGGACUUGAGUUUGUUCAUUGGAUGAUAUUCCUCGGCGCCCGAAAAUUUGUGGUCACAUCUCGUUAUGGCAUCAAAAAUAAUUACCAAAAGUUUAUUGUUGAACGAUUGGGUUCUAUGGGAAGUAAAUUCAAGUUUUAUGAAACUCAGAUAUCUGUUUCUACACAUAACUCGUUCACAUCGGAGGGCACUAAAGAUUUAUUAAGAGAAGCACAGAAAAUGGGACCAAUUGGUGGUGUUUUCCAUUUGGCUCUCGUACUCAACGACUGUCUCCUUGAAAAUCAUACUUUUGAUAAAUUUCAGGAAACUAUUGAUUCUAAGACUAAGACCUUCGAGAACUUGGAUCGCAUUACACGUGAAUUGAGUAUAGAUUUAGACUAUUUUGUUGUCUUUUCGUCCGUCGCUUGUGGUAAAGGAAAUGCCGGACAAUCUAAUUAUGGAUUUGCCAAUUCUGUUUGUGAGCGCAUAUGUGAGUCCCGACGCAGAGAUGGACUACACGGUCUGGCCAUUCAAUGGGGACCUAUCGGUGAUGUCGGAGUGUUGGCUGAGUCUGAUAUCAAUACAGCUUUGGCUGCUAUUGUGAAACAGAGAAUCAAUUCUUGUUUAGAAAUAAUGGAUAAAUUAUUGCAAGCGGACAGCGCUGUUGUCUCAUGUCUGAUGAGAGCUAAGCGUGAAAUCACGAGCGGUACUAAAGAGUCCAAACUUGUGAAUCAGGUUUGGGUGGCACUGGGUAUCGAUCCCAAGACAACACCCAAUCACUUGACUUUAGGUGAGAUCGGUAUGGAGUCUAUGUUUGCAGUGGAACUGCAACAGGGAUUGGAAAGAGAAUAUAACAUUAAAGUAACGUUGAAUGACAUAAAAAACAUCACCAUUGGUAUGAUGAAGGACUUCGAGAAAGGAAAGGUAGAAGAGAUGAAACAGUUCGCUGAUGAAAUUAAGACUUGUAGAGCCAAACUGUGUAAAGUCAAGUUUGUUAUACCCAACGAGCCAUAUACCAGACUGAACAGUGUGACCACUGGUAAACCCAUUUACUUUUUGCCGCCAUUGGAAGGCAUAUUCGCCUCUCUUGAAGGUUUGGCUCAGAAGCUCGAACGUCCAGUCAUUGGUCUUAAUUGGAUCAAAGAGAUGGAAGGCCUCAAAACGAUUAAAGAGAUUAACCGUUAUUACGUUAAUCUGAUGAAAGUUCUGGAGCCGAAAGGAGACUAUGAUAUAUUGGGACACUUUUACGGCGCACUGUUGGCCAUGAAAAUGUUGAAGAAAGCACCGGUAGGCAAAGCUAUCAUUAUUGAUAUGCUUUCAGAGGUUACCAUCGACGAAGAAAUGAUAACUGAUGACUAUUUGAUGGAAACUAUUAUAACGAUUAUCACAAAAGACAUGCCGUAUGUAAUGAAAGCCAAACUCAAACGAGACAUAUCUACUAAAACUGAUGUACAGUCAAAACUUGAGAAGAUAUCGGCCGAACUUAAAGAGUUCUGCGGUAAGUCGUUGAGCGGCAAAGAUUUGGACGACAUUUUGACCAAUAGUUUCAAACGGGCAAAACUGUUCACAACUCAUCGGUUGAAUAUGAAAAACAAAUACAAAAAGAUGAAAAUKGAUGUGUUAUCCAAGUAUAUGAAAUUUAAUGGUAAGGUUCUCGUCAUCAAACCGUACGACUUUUCCAGUGAAAUGAUUCCCGAAGAAAUCAGUGAAAAAAUCAAAAACGCCUACUUCUUGCCCGAAAAGGGUAUGGAAGGAAAGCUCAACUUCGAGACCGUCGAAGCCGGUGCUAAAGACUUUGAGACCGACAAGACGUUUGAAAAGAUUGCCGAUUCCGUCAAUAAAUACAUGUCUAAGAAGUAGAUGAUGUCAAUGCUCACCACUAUUAAGAAGAUUAGAUUAAUUCAAUAAUUAAUUGUUUGAUAUAUUAUAUCUUUAUAUACAUUUAUAUUAAUAUAUUUUUUAU